AUGCGCGAUGUCUCGAUACUUUGGGCUAUGGGGUUCGAGAAUGUGUCCCGGAUGCAGCCGCGGCACCAUCACGUGCUAGCUGGCCAUAACCGUCUCGCCUUUUUGGAAACACUAGCCGGCAUCACCGAGCGUCCAGUUUGCGCCUUGUCAGGAGCCGAAGUUUUGGGGCAGCCAGAGCUGAAGAUCUCGAGUUUGGUUCAUGACUGGUCGAGAUCGAUGAAUCCAUCGGCCAAACACCCCCUCCCUGCUCCCAUGAAUGUGUAUCACGAGCGUACUGUCGUCUCACCGACAUUUGUGCGGCGGGCGAAAUGCACCGGAAGCCCCACCCGAGAGAAUGACCGUGUCGAAGAAAAAAAAAAGACGACGAGAGCAAUAACCAGGGCAAUAUGGGUGGAGAUAAAAGUCUUCAGCAGCGCAGCGUGA